AUGGAUCCUAUUCGAGCCAGUAGCAAGUAUGAAUAUUACAAACUGUGUAGGAAACUUUUGUUACUCACUGGUCUGUGGCCUUAUGAGACACUCCGAAGGAGCCUGCUUCACCUUGGUUUUAUCAUUCUAUAUGACAUUUCUUUUUUCAUUGUACAGACAGCACACUAUUUCAUAUGCGAGACAAUACAGUGUAUUUUUAAAACUUUACCUAUGAAUAUGAUGGCUGUAAUACUGUUGGUGAAAUUAUUCACGUAUUAUUUUAAUAGGCAGAAGAUUAAAGGCCUCUUAGAACACUUGCACUCAGAUUGGAAUACACUCUGUUACGAAGAAGAAUUUAUUAUCAUGAAGAAGUACGCUGAAACUGGUAGAUUCUACGCGCUUUACUAUGCCAUAAGCAUAUACUUGGCUACCGUACUGUUCGCAUUUUCGAGUAUAACGCCACGUAUCAUGGACGUUGUGUCUCCUUUGAAUGAAAGUCGUCUGAUAAUAAUGCCAUGUCCAGCAUACUAUUUCGUCGACGAGACUGAAUAUUAUUAUUAUAUUUUUGUCCACAUGAUAAUCGGUGCCUUUGUAUGCAUCACUGGAAUAAUAGCGCACGAUUGUAACUUCUUCGCUUUCGUCGAACACGUUUGCGGCCUCUUCGCCAUUGUCGGCUUCAGACUCGAACAUUUGUUAUAUAGACAAAAUAUUACGGAGAAGAGCCUGAUCGAUUCUUCGGAUGACGUGUAUGUCAGAAACAUCAAAUUUUCCAUUCAAGCUCACCGAAAUGCUUUGCAUUUCGUCGACCUUCUCGAAAACACUUUUUACAUAUCCUUUGCCGCACAAAUGCUGAUAGUUACAAUUGGCAUGAGCAUAUCUUUAAUACAACUCUCGUCAGAAUUGCAGGGUGAUAUAAUAGAACUGAUUAGAUACUUUUUUUUUAUCGUUGCUCAACUGGGUCAUUUAUUCAUUUACAGCUACGAGGGACAAAAAUUGAUAAAUCACAGUCUCGAGACAAGUGAGAAACUUUAUAAUGGUUUGUGGUACACAAUACCAGUGAAAUCGCAACGGCUGCUGUUGUUUGCAAUGAGAAAGAACAUGGAGCCUAGUAUUGUGACCGCUGGCAAAAUAUAUAUAUUUUGCCUGGAAAGUUUCACUUCGGUGUUGCAAUGCUCGCUCUCGUACUUUACGGUACUGUCGUCUUUCAACGAAUCAUGAUCGACAGCCGAUCUUUCUAGUGACUCGUUUAGUAAAGCAAUUUGUAUAAAUGAGAUUACGAGUAAUAUGAAAUAAUGGUAUCUCGCCAAUAUAAUUGAUAUGUUUUCUGAAUCCGCUUACGG